AUGGCUAACCGUCGUGGUUCCAUCGCUGCCAUUGCUGAAGAGCGGCAGAAUCUGGCAUCGCUCGAUUCCUCCAUCAUUGACCGCCUCCCCUCCUUCUCCGCCGCCCUUUUCGAAGCCAAAACUCACAAGCGACUCACGUUCGAAGCCAUCGCCAAGCAUCUCGGCCGCAGCGAAGUCGCCGUGGCAGCGCUGUUCUACGGCCAGGCGCGGGCCUCGCCCGAGGAUGUGGUGAAGCUGACCCAGCUGCUGGGCCUGUCGGCGGAAUCGCUGUCCGGGGCGACGGUCGCGCAGCUGACGGGGUUUCCGGACCGCGGACGUGCGGGGCCGAUGCCGCCUGUUGAGCCGCUGAUUUAUCGGCUGUAUGAGAUUGUGCAGAACUAUGGGUAUGCGUUUAAGGCGGUGAUGAAUGAGAAGUUUGGGGAUGGGAUUAUGAGUGCGAUUUGUUUUAGUAGUGAGGUUGAGAAGGAGGUGGACGAGACGGGCGCGCCGUGGGUGGUCAUCACGCUCAAGGGAAAGUGGCUCCCUUUUAGUCGUUUCUAA